CACGUUUGAAAAAGGGAAAAGAAUUAUUGAGGACGUAGCAGUAAUUGCAUAUGAAGAAAAAACUUUUACAGGAACCCCUUCUUCGCAAAAGUUCAAGUCAUGAAUGAAAAAUAAGAAAGAAAGAAAGAAGCGAAAGAAGCAACGACAGGAAUCAGAGAACUCAAAGUGCAGAAGGUAAUACAGAAUGGCAAAGCAUCAUCCUGAUUUGAUCAUGUGCAGGAAGCAACCGGGAAUUGCUAUUGGACGGCUAUGUGAAAAGUGUGAUGGUAAGUGUGUGAUUUGCGACUCAUAUGUGCGUCCUUGCACGCUUGUGCGGGUUUGCGACGAAUGUAACUAUGGAUCCUUCCAAGGUCGGUGUGUUAUCUGUGGAGGAGUUGGCAUUUCUGAUGCAUAUUACUGCAAGGAGUGUACUCAACAGGAGAAAGACCGAGAUGGGUGUCCAAAAAUUGUCAAUUUGGGAAGUGCAAAAACAGAUCUAUUUUAUGAAAGGAAGAAGUAUGGCUUUAAGAAGAGAUGAAAUCAGGGGCAGCCAUGUUGCUGCAUGGUAACAAAUUACUUGCUGGAAUUAUCUUGUUUUUGUUGAUUUGACUUUUAUUAUGAGCAAGUCAUCCACAAUUCCAAGAAUCCUCAUCCAGGCACAUAAUCCUUAUACAGCAUUAUGACUUAACAAUCUACAUAUUCAGAGAUCCAGCAAAAGAACUACUAACUGGAAACUCUUGGUUUAGUGCAUUGUUCAGAUGGAUAACUGGCAUUGUGUUUAUUUGUAGCGCACAAGUGCAAUAUCUGUAGAAUGUUGCAAUUGUAACUGAUUUGAAUUAAUGGAUUUCUUAAUUUCAUGCUCACUGAAGCUACCUUUGGAUUGCUGCGCACGCUCUUCAAUUGUCUAAGCAUCUUUGAGGAAGGAGAUGCAACUUAAGUGAUUGUUCAUGGUUAAUGCAGACAAGCUUGGCAGCUGCAUGUUCAGGUAAACCAAAAUGGGUAGGAGAAGCCCAUGUUUUGCACACCAUACCUAAUAAUUACAGUGAGUUGUAGGUUAAGAACCGAUAUAGAGUACCUUUAGCUGCAGCAAUAAAUGGCUGGAUAAAGACAACCAUAGCUUACCCCUGUUUGGUUUGUCCUCAGAAUAUGCUUCAAAAGUCAAAUGUGUUUCAAACGCAAUUUUAUUUGUGGGAACAUCUUUUUGUAAUGUUCCAACUGUAGUUCAACGGGUGAAUCAGGUCAUUCUGAAUAAAUAUUGCUGAUGAUUGGUUGCUGGUGGCUGAAAA